CCAAUGUCAAAAUUGAAAUUUAAGAAUGGCAAGAAGAAUCGCAAGGGAAAGGGUAACAAGAUGAAAUUUCAUUAAAUAAUCGGAGAAAUCUUACGGAAGAAGGAAGCACUCUCCGACCUAGUUGCAGUGAAAGUUGUGUUUGGGUUGUCUUGUUAUCGAAGUUGUUACCCUAUUAGAAAUAUGUCUUCAUCCCAAGAUGUAUUUAAAAAACAAAAAACAUCUUUCAUUCAAGUAGCUACAAAUGUAACAGAACAAAAACAUCAUGUUUCAAGAGCCAAAAGAGGCCAAAUUUUGGGUCAUUUACGUGGAUUUCGUGGAUGCACGGUUUGGUUCACAGGUCUAUCGGGGGCGGGUAAGACAACCGUGGCCUUCGAGCUCGAGGCGUACCUCGUUAACCACGGUAUACCGGCCUACUCCCUGGACGGGGACAACGUGCGUACUGGCUUGAAUAAAGAUCUCGGGUUUUCCGAAGGGGAACGCGAGGAGAACAUCAGGAGGGUGGCGGAGGUGGCCAAGCUGUUCGCAGACGCCGGUCAGAUCUGCGUAUGCAGCUUCGUGUCGCCGUUCAAGAGGGAUAGGGAGAUAGCCAGGAGAAUCCACGACGAAAGCGGACUGCCGUUCUUGGAGGUCUUCGUCAACACCCCUCUGGACGUGUGCGAAUCCAGAGAUGUGAAGGGUCUGUAUAAGAAGGCGAGGCAGGGUGCUAUCAAGGGUUUCACCGGUAUCGACCAGGCUUACGAGGUGCCGGAAAGACCGGAUCUGGUGGUGGAGACCGUUGGUACUACUGUUGAGGAGUGUACGGCUAGGGUUUUGGGGCUGUUGCGCAAGAGGGGGAUGUUGAAGGAAGAUGAGGAGGAGGAUGAUAAUCCGGUUGCUGAACUUUUUGUGAGCCCUGAUAGGGUCGCGGAGGUUCGGAAAGAAGCCAAGACUUUACCCAGUUUGGCUUUGGGUAUGGUUGAUUUGCAAUGGGUUCAGGUCCUAAGCGAGGGUUGGGCUGCCCCACUGAAAGGUUUCAUGCGAGAAGAAGAAUACCUCCAAACGCUACAUUUCAAUUGUCUCCUCAAAGAAGGUCACCCGGUAAAUCAAAGCGUUCCCAUAGUUCUUCCGGUCACCACGUUCGACAAAGAUCGUCUAGAAGGCUGCUCCGCCAUCAGCCUAUUCCACAAUAACGUCUGUUACGCUAUCCUUCGAAAGCCAGAAUUCUUCCCGCACAGAAAAGAGGAAAGGGUGGCCAGACAAUUCGGCACUACAAACAAAGACCACCCCCACAUCAAAAUGAUCUACGAGGCCGGCGACUGGCUGGUCGGUGGUGACCUGGAGGUGUUGCAAAGGAUCCAGUGGGGCGACGGCUUGGACAAGUACCGUCUGACCCCGAAUGAGCUAAGGAAGAAGUUCAAGUAUAUGGGAGCCGAUGCAGUGUUCGCUUUCCAGUUGAGGAACCCUAUACACAACGGCCACGCUCUCCUGAUGACGGAUACUCAGAAGCAGCUGGAGGAGAGGGGAUUCAGACGUCCGGUGUUGCUUCUACACCCAUUGGGUGGAUGGACGAAGGACGACGAUGUUCCGUUGUACGUUAGAAUUCAACAGCACCAAGCUGUAUUGGACGCUGGCGUACUCAACAAAUCCUCCACAGUGCUGGCCAUAUUCCCGAGUCCGAUGAUGUAUGCCGGACCUACCGAGGUCCAGUGGCAUGCCAAGGCUAGGAUGAACGCCGGAGCUAACUUCUACAUCGUCGGUAGAGAUCCUGCGGGUGUGCCACACCCUGCUGGCAAAGAAGCUUCCAGCGAUGGAAACCUGUACGAUGUUACCCAUGGCGGAAGGGUGUUGAAGAUGGCGCCAGGUCUCAACGACCUGGAGAUCAUACCGUUCAGGGUUGCUGCCUACGAUACCGCCAACAGGAAGAUGGCCUUCUUUGAUCCUUCGAGAAAGGAAGAUUUUGAGUUUAUUUCCGGGACAAAGAUGAGGACGCUGGCCAGGCAAGGUGCUCAACCCCCGGAAGGCUUCAUGGCUCCGAAGGCUUGGGAGAUUUUGUCUGGAUAUUAUCAGGAUAUGAUGAAGAAUAAGUUCUGAGGAACUCGUCCUGUACUAGCCGAUUCAUCAUUCCAAUUAUCGUUUAUUCCAGUGGAGGAUAGUGGUUAUUCUUACAUGUAAACGCUGAGAGAAUGUAAUUAUUUUUUUAUACAUAUUAUGUAUGAUUACGAGUCACGAUGUUAUAUUUUUACUUCAGUUAGGCGGCUUAUUCCAAUUUAGUGAUUAUAGACAACCAAAAAAUCUUCAAAUAAUUUGUCAUCAUAAAAAUAAUCGUAAAAUACUUCUUCAUCAAUUCAUUAAUUUUUUGUAGGUAAUGUAUGCAUAAUUCUAUGAGAAAAGAGAGCAUUCAGUGAUUCCUAACCUUAAUUCUGAAAUACUACAAUCAAGAUCAUUUAGACAAAGUUUCGGCAAAUUCAAUAAGUGGAGUAUUCUUGAAAUAUAAGAAACGUUAUAUAGUUGACAAUGUAUUUAAAGGUAAUGAGUAAAAGAAAGAAGUUUCUUGUGAUUGUUUCGUGGAGAAAGAAGUGGCCUAUAAAAGUAUAUUUUUACAUUUCGUCUGUAGUUUAUGAAUUGAGAAAGAACUUAAUAUCUUUUCAGUAGACCAUAAUAUAUAAUUGGAAUAUAUAAUUUACGGUAUAUGGUGAGAAAUAUUCAAUUAAAAAUUUACUAAAAUCUCGUUAUCUUCGAAACAAUGUUGUUGCUGUGAAAAGAAAUUAUGAAUAAUCCAGCUGAUCAAAUUUCUCAAAUUUUACAAUGAAUAGAUUUUUAUCUAUCCGAAUACAUUUUUUUAAAUGUUCCUCAACACUUAUUGAACACCAAAAGAUCUUCCCAUUGAGAUUUAAUUCGAAAAUGGUAUAACAUUCUAUUUAUGAUUACUGAUAUUAUAUUUUAUUGUUUAUAUCCUAGUCAAUAGCAGCGUUUUUAAUUUUUUUUUAUAAUAAUUGAAUUUUUUAUUUUAUUUGUACCGCUCUAAAGUACUGUUUUACAUUUUACUGCAUUUUUCUGUACUUUUGCGUAUUUUACCAUCGAACUCUACUUAUGAUUUCUGGUUUUUGAAAUUUCUACGAGUUAAAAUAGUUCUAUUCAGCGCAAGUUCUCAUUAUAUUUCAUUUUCAUUGCUGAUGAGGAAGUAUUUUAUUGACUACUUCAGAAAUUUGAGUUUUAAUACCUAUACUUACGUUUCAUUAAGUUUCUCCAAAAUCUCAUCACUAGAAAUCAUAAGUUAGAUUUUCUCAGAAAGAAAAUUUAGAAAGAGAAUAUGAAAACACCAUCGUUUCAUAAAUACUCAAUUGUUGAUAGCCUUUUUAUAUUUUGUUUUAUAAAUCCCUUCAGAAAUUCUACAUGCCUAUAAGAUUUAUCUUCAUAAAAUAAUGAUUAAGUGUUUUCAAUUUCUAUAUUAUGUUUUCAAUGUGCCAAUGUGCAAUAAAUGGUGAAAAUUACAAUUUGUUAUCCUAUUUCAAUGUAGUUUUUAAGGAUUUUAUUUUAAAAAGUAUUAUAGAUAUUUCUGUUGAAUAAUUCAUAGUUUAUUCUUAUUAAAUAGGUGUUUUUGAAAGAAGUAACUGAAAUUUUAUUCCUGUUCGGAGAAGCCCGUAUUUUAAAUUCUAGGUAAAAAAAUUCCAAACAGAAAUGAAAAAAUCUAACAUCUAAUGUUAAAAUAAGUAUGUACUGACAGUUGUUCCGAAUAUAUGUAUUAGUCGAAGAUGA